CGAGACUCCCGAGCCUUGUGGCACAUCUACACGAGCAAAGACGGCGAGAAGAUUAAAGAGUUCCUGCACAAGGUGGCGAAAGAGCAGGGCGUGGAGAUCCCAGCGGAUCACGACCCCAUCCGUGACCCGGGCUGGUACUUGAGCCGUAAGCUGCGUCAGCGUCUGCUGGAUGAACACGCCGUUCAGGGCUGGACUGUGGUGCAGUUUCUGGGAGAUUCAGUCCUGAUCCCAGCUGGAGCUCUGCACCAGGUGCAGAAUCUUCACAGCUGUGUCCAGGUGAUCAAUGACUUCGUCUCUCCGGAGCAUGUGGUGCAUUCGUUCCACUUAACCCAGGAACUCAGAUCCUCCAAAGAGGAAAUCAACUACGAAGAUAAGCUACAGGUCAAGAACAUCUUUUACCACUGCGUGAAGAAUGCCGUGGGAACGUUAAAGAGCUGCUGUGCAGAGGAGGAAGAGGAAGAGGAGACCAACUCAUGACACCCGUCGACACGUUCCCCCAAAUAUGCACACUAACGCUCACACCGCAAACCUCCAGUGCCAAGAAGAAAAAACACACACCAGGAAACUGUAUUUAUUUGUUACCGACACCAUAGCAGUAUAGCCCAUCAGGAUGACCGUGACCGACACGCCACACACCUGAAGAUAAUCCGACAGCGCCGCUGUCACAACUAGUGUUUGUUCGUCUGUUUGCUUUCGUUCCCCUUUCGUUCUUUCCUACUGUAUAGUUUCAGUGGAGAAUCGUAUUUAUUUUCAGGAGUUCUGCUCUGUUCUCGAUCAAAUGUAAAUGUGACCUGUACAGUUUGCUAAUGGAUUUCUGAUGCCGCUCACUACUUUGGAGACUUGGAGUUACUGUGAGAGAGAUCCGCUGUAUCAUGUCCUCAUGCCAUAUCUUUUGAGAAAAAGAACUGCCAAACAAUUGUAAACAUUGUAAAGUUCUAUAAUGUAAAGAAAGACUUAAUAAAUAACACUUCAGCAUUUUAUUAAGAAGUAUUCACUGUAAAAUGGAGACAUUUACAAAAAAAAAGUUGUAAUUUAUUUAAGAAAACUCAUUUCUCUCUUUUUAUGUUCAGAUUUACUAUGGUGAACUUUUGAAGUUCAAUGGAAAAAGGAAAUCGUACUAUGCUGUGUAAAUAUAUACAUAUAUACAUUCACUGAUGUAUUUUUUUAAACAUGGCUUGCUUCAAUUUCAAAUUUUAAAGUGCAAGUGUUACAUGCUUUGUACAUUGAAGUUCAAAGGGGUUUUACAUUUUCCAUUAAAAUGGAUUUAUCAAAUAUA